CAGCUUUAACUCGUCUUUGGCACUGCUGACGCUUUUCAAGAGCAAAAGCAUUUCCAUAUUUAUAAGCAGACGAGGCCAAACACUUUGAACCGAACAUUUUGGAAAUUGAGCUUUUCGACCUGCUGACGAUGUGCGCUUGAGUGGACUACUCUUUCGCUCUUCAGCCGAUAACGAUAGCGAUAACGAUAACCGAGAACGUCAACGUAUAAUUGUCGUUGUUCAGCGAAAAAAAAACGACAGCAGCAACAUGUAUCCAGGCAGCGCCAGCAGCACCGCCGCCGCAGCCGCCGCAGCGUCCAAAUUUCAAAAUCGAUGCGCCUCGCCACAAUUCGCCAGCUUUGCACCGCCGCCGCCGGCUGAAUAUCCGCCGCCCACACUGCAGCAGCAACAGCAACAGCAGCAGCAGCAGCAGCAGGCACAUCAGCAACAAUUGCAUUCGCAGACCACUGCAGUGGCUGUGCACAGUGCACCAGGACAUGGCUCCAUGCGCCACAUUCAGCGCAAUCAGCUAACUAUGAGUGGCCACGGCCAUGGCCAUGGCAUGGCGCACGGCCAUGGACAUGGACACGGCCAUGGCCACGGUCUGGGCAUGGGCAUGGGUGGCAUUGGACAUGGAGCCGCCACGCUGGGCCAUCACCAUGGUCAUCGCGGCGAUCUAAUCUUUCCGGACGAUAUGGACAGCAUUGAGUUCUGCAUGCCAGCGCCGCCCUCUUCCUCCUCAUCGUCGUCGCAGCAAAACGGCGAGCUGCUGCUGCUCCAAGGCGGCCAUGGCGAGCCCUUCACGGAGCGACGACGGCGCGGACACAGUCGUCGCAGCAACCACAAAAUGGAUGUCGAGCAGCAGGUCAAGUGGUCACGCAAGAACAUUGCUGCCACAAUGGAGCGCUUUGAGCCCACCGCCACCGCACAGUCGUCGUCGUCUACUUCGUCGCUGGACUAUGGCUUUGCCGCUGGCGUCAUGACGCCCAGCAGCAGCAGUGCCACGCCCUCGCAUGGGGCUGGCUCAGCGGCUGGCAUGUCAUCCACUGCCUCGCUGCAUGUGGCCUACAAUGGGGGAGGUGGUGGUGCUGGUGCAGGCGGCGUGGGUGGCGCAAGUGGUGGCGCCAUGGGCGCCAGCGGCUCGGCAGGAGCAGCAGCUGCUGCCCCCUUCAAUCACGUCUACUCCUAUGCAUACUACGAGCCCGGCGCAGCCAAGUGCCAUACGAAUGUGCCCGCUCAGGGUCAGGGCAAUGGACAUCAUCAUGCACAGUCGAAGAGCCCGCCGCGCAACUCGAUACGCGCUCUGCUGGCCAAGAGCUUCCGCUCGAAGUCAUCGUCGCACAGCGGCCAGUCCACAUCGUCGUCGCCCAGCGCCGAGGAGCGGGACAGGCACACGUACACCACACGCUACGGCACCACCGAGAAUCUGUACGAGGAGGUCAGCGAUCAGAAGAUACGCAAGGUGCUCUCCGACAAUCGCAUUGCCACGUCCAGUGCGGGCAAUGUCAAGGAGGAGCUGCGUCGCGUCCAGCACAAUCAUUUCCGUGUGCUCGACGAGCUCAAUCUGUCGUUGGAGGCGCUCAUUAUGCCGCCCACGCCACCAGACAUCAGUCCCAGCCAUGGCGGCCCGGCCAGCGCCAGCUCCAAUGAUGCACAGCACGAGGCGCCAGCCACCAGCACCAGUUGCAGCAGUGGCAGUGGCAGCGGCAGCGGCAGUGCCAGUGGUGCCGUUGGCAAUUCCUCCUCCUCGUCCUCCUCCGUGCAAGGCAAGAAUGUGCUAAGCACGGGCCAGCGACCGCGUCGGGGCGGCUUGCUCGGUGGUGCUGCUGCCAGCGCCGCGUCCAACUCAAGCUCGGCCUCGCACGCCAGCCUCGAGAAUUUGUCGAGCACGUUGAACAGCAUGGAACUGAAGGAUCAUGCACACAGCAGCUGCAUCAAUCCGGAGUUCGAUGAGGGCGACCUCGAUAGCGGCUUCAGUGGCAGCGGCAGCAGCAGCGGCGCCAGCUACAAUGAAAGUUUGCGCUACUAUAAGACGGCCACGCCCACUAGCCAUAGCCAUAGUCACAGUCAUAGCCACAGCCACAGCCAUGGGCAUGCCAACCACAAUCCCAAUAUGAUGCACCACAGCAGCAACAGCAACAGCAACAACAUCAACAAUAACAACAUCAGCAGCAGCAGCAGCAGCAACAGCAACAACCACAUGCACACCAGCACACUGCCGCACAAUUUGCGCAGCUGCCGCUCCUCGACUGCGUCGGGCACCUCGACAUCGAAGAGCAGCAUGGCCAGCUGUGGCGAGGAUCAGGGCAUCGCCGGCAUGGGCAUGCCAAUGGGCAUGGGCAUGAACAUGGGCAUGGGCAUGCCAAUGAACAUGGGCAUGGGCAUGAAUACUAACAUGGGCAUGCCCAUGGGCAUGGGCAUGGGCGCGGGCAUGGGCGUGGCUGAAACGGCAGGCGGCAGCUCGAUGUCGCCAUUCAAUUAUCCAAGACGUUGCUCAGCAGAUCAGCAGCGGGCAUCGGGACGUUCGAUUGCAUCCGCCACGGGCUCAGCAACGGGCGCCGCCAUCUCCGUGGCCACCGGCGCGAAACCCAAAAAGAACUUCUGGACCAUGAAACCGUGAUGCUACAAAAAGGCCCUGCGACACAUAUGCAAGAAAUGGAGCAUUGUUAUGGAAUACAAUACAAAGACUGCCUCAUGCCACGCCAUCCACUAUUACCAGCCGCAUUCGCAUCUGCAUUCGCAUCA